AUGGUUAAUCUUUUGUGCCCCUUUAAACAAUACUACAAACAGAACACCAAAAGUGAGAGAAACAAAAUUACACAGCACAAAACGAAGAGAUAUAAAUUGCACCUUUUAUUUGAACCAAGUAAUAAACAUCUUUUUGAAGCUAGAUUAGAAAAGAAACUAAAUGAGGUGAAAAGAAAUAUAGAUAUAGAACAAGAAUACAACAACCUCAAAACGAUAAUAAAACAAAUUGCUUACGAAGUAUUAGGAGCAGAGAACAACGACAAAAAACACCACAAACCACCAUAG